ACUCCAGCAGCUCCUGAGGCUUGAUGGAGUUGUCGGUGUAAAUGCACAGCUUUUUGGCAGUCAGCGGGCUGGACUCUUUGAGCCUGGAGGCCAGGAACAUGCAGAUAGCACCCAGGAGUUGCAGAUGGGACUUUGGAGUUGGGAUCCUGGUGAAGAAACAGUCCAGGGAUAAUCUCUUCAGCCUCAAUGGUAUUUCAGGACUUCUUGGAUCAAGUUGGUGGCUUGGGGAGAUUUCAGAUCCUUCAGAUGGUUUUUCUUAUCAUCUCCACCUUUAUAGUUUGCCCUCGUGUUGUAUGGAGAAUUUCACUGCAUUCAUCCUGGUCACCACUGCUGGGUGCACAUCAUAGACAAUGUCAUCGUCUUGGACGAAGAGACUGUGAUCCUCAGCCAAGAUGCCCUCCUGAGAAUCUCUAUCUCACUGGACUCAAACCUGAGGCCACAGAAACGUUGUCACUUCAUCCAUCCCCAGUGGCAGCUCCUUCACCUGAAUGGGACAUUCCUCAAUAUGAAUGAACCAGACAUGGAACGGUGUGUGGACAGCGGGGUGUACAACAGAAGCUCCUUCCUCUCCACCAUCGUGACUGGUGGGACCUGGUAUGUGGAUCUCAGUCACUGAAUUUAGUGGCUACAUUCUUAUUCAUGGAGUGGUGGUGAAAGGCAUCCAAUAUGGCCAUUUAUCAGACAGAUGAGCAUCUCUGUUUCAAAGAUCACUAUACUAAGAAAAGAAAAAGCACUUUGCCUUUGAGUCCCACAGAUUACACUUUCUGGAAAGACUGCAUACCAAGUAGCAGAUUUAUUUUAGUUUGUUUACAAAAAAAUGUGCAGACCAAAGUUCAAUGCUGCUAUUGGGGAGCUACUAAAGACAUCAAUAAGUAGAUGUCUAAUGUUUAAACACAUUUCAUUGAAAAUGGUUGGAAGUAUCUGAGCCAAUUAUUUCUUAUGUGACCCUAAAGAAAACAGAUACCUACCUGACCCCAAAACUACUUGAGGAAAUUGCUUCUGUGACCUUGCUGCAGAGGGGAGAGAGGUCCCAUUAAGAAGAGAGUGGGGUCAGGAUCAACACACACACUUAGUGUGAUUUAAGGAAAGGAAAUAUUUUCUCUUUGAACUUAUCUAGAUACAGUCAUUUUGUCUCCUCUUGGGGAUCACUUGUCCAGCCUCAAUGGCCUUUCAGGACCUCCUAGAUCAAGUUGGAGGCCUGGGGAGAUUCCAGAUCCUUCAGAUGGUUUUCCUUAUAAUGUUCAACGUCAUAGUAUACCAUCAAACUCGGCUGGAGAACUUCGCUGCAUUCAUACCUGAUCAUCGCUGCUGGGUUCACAUACUGGACAAUGACACUAUCCCUGACAAUGACCCUGGGACCCUCAGCCAGGAUGCCCUCCUGAGAAUCUCCAUCCCAUUCGACUCAAAUCUGAGGCCAGAGAAGUGUCGUCGCUUUGUCCAUCCCCAAUGGGAACUCCUUCAUCUGAAUGGGACCUUCCCCAACACGAGUGAGCCAGAUACAGAGCCCUGUGUGGAUGGCUGGGUAUAUGACCAAAGCUCCUUCCCUUCCACCAUUGUGACUAAGUGGGAUCUGGUAUGUGAAUCUCAACCACUGAAUUCAGUAGCUAAAUUUCUAUUCAUGGCUGGAAUGAUGGUGGGAGGCAACCUAUAUGGCCAUUUGUCAGACAGGUUUGGGAGAAAGUUCGUGCUCAGAUGGUCUUACCUCCAGCUCGCCAUUGUAGGCACCUGUGCGGCCUUUGCUCCCACCAUCCUCGUAUACUGCUCCCUGCGCUUCUUGGCUGGGGCUGCUACAUUUAGCAUCAUUGUAAAUACUGUUUUGUUAAUUGUAGAGUGGAUAACUCACCAAUUCUGUGCCAUGGCAUUGACAUUGACUCUUUGUGCUGCUAGUAUUGGACAUAUAACCCUAGGAGGCCUGGCUUUUGUCAUUCGAGACCAGUGCAUCCUCCAGCUGGUGAUGUCUGCACCAUGCUUUGUCUUCUUUCUGUUCUCAAGGUGGCUGGCAGAGUCUGCUCGGUGGCUCAUUAUCAACAACAAACCAGAAGAGGGCUUAAAGGAACUUAGAAAAGCUGCACACAGGAAUGGAAUGAAGAAUGCUGAAGACAUCCUAACCAUGGAGGUUUUGAAAUCCACCAUGAAGCAAGAACUGGAGGCAGCACAGAAAAAGCAUUCUCUCUGUGAAUUGCUCCGCAUACCCAAUAUAUGUAAAAGAAUCUGUUUCCUGUCCUUUGUGAGGUCUGCUGGAGUUUGCUGGAGUUCCACUCCAGAUCCUGUUUGCUUGGGUAUCACCAGCGGAGGUUGCAGAACAGCAAAGAUUCCUGCCUGCUCCUUCCUCUGGAAGCUUCAUUUUAGAGGGGCACCUGCCUGAUGCCAGCCAGAGCUCUCCUGUAUGAAGUGUCUGUUGACCCCUGCUGGGAAGUGUCUCCCAGUCAGGAGGCACAGGUGUUAGCGACCCACUUAAGGAGGCAGUCUAUCCCUUAGCAGAGCUCAAGCACUGUGCUGAGAGAUCCACUGCUCUCUUCAGAGCUGGCAAGCAAGAAUGUUUAAGUCCACUGAAGCUGCACCCACAGCCACCCCUUCCCCAAAGUGCUCUGUCCCAGGCGAUGGGAGUUUUAUCUAUAAGCCCUUGACUGGGGCUGCUGCCUUUCUCUCAGAGAUGCCCUGCCCAGUGAGGAGGAAUCUAGAGAGGCAGUCUGGCCACAGUUGCUUUGUAGCGCUGCAGUAAGUUCCACACAGUUUGAACUUCCCAAUGGCUUCCUUAACACUGUGAGGGGAAAACUGCCUACACAAGCCUCAGUAAUGGUGGACAUUCCUCCCCCACCAAGGUUGAUCAUCCCAGUUCGACCUCAGACUGCUGUGCUGGCAGUGAGAAUUUCAAGCCAGUGGUUCUUAGCUUGGUGGGCUCCAUGGGAGUGAGACCUGCUGAGCGAGAACACUUGGCUUUCUGGCAUCAGCCCCUUUUCCAGGAGAGUGAAUGGUUCUGUCUCACUGAGGUUCCAGGUCCCACUGGGGGAAAAAAAAAAAAAACUCCUGCAGCUAGCUCAGUGUCUCCCCAAACAGCCACCUAGUUUUGCGCUUGAAACCCAGGGCCCUGGUAGCAUUGGCACACAAGGGAAUCUCCUAGUCUGCGUGUUGCAAAAACUAUGGGAAAAGCAUAGUUUCUGGGCUGGAUAGCACAGUCCCUAUGGCUUCCUUGGGUAGGUGAGGAAGUUCCCUGGCCCUUUGGACUUCCUGGGUGAGGUGAUGCCCCACCCUGCUUCGGCUCACCCUCCGUGGGCUGCACCCACCCACUGUCUAACCAGUCCCAGUGAGAUGAACCGGGUACCUCAGUUGGAAAUGCAGAAAUCACUCACCUUCCGCAUUGCUCUCACUGGGAUCUGCAGACCAGAGCUCUUCCUAUUCGGCCAUCUUUCCAGCUGUCUCUAUCGACUACCUCUUAUUCCAAAAAAUAAAACCAUAAUGAAGUUAGAUAGACACCAUUAAAUAUGCAUAAUAUAAAAAUAGGUUUUCUUAUUCUAAUCUAGAUUUGCUACACAAGACCAUCUACAGAAUGAAUGCCAUGAAUAUACAAUCUGUACCCAAUAAGUUGUACAUUUUAGUAAACAUUCCUGAUUGUAAGGGUGGCAAAUGGAAAUUUUGGCUUCUUAGAUCUUUACUGUGAGUUUGACUGAUAUCAGUACAUUUUUAUUUUUAACUGUAUAUUUUCAUUACUGUGAAUUUUUUUGCAGUGAUUUUUGAUGCCAUGUGGCUACAUUGGUUUUAGAAUACUAAUAAAAUCCAUUGUUUAUAAAAUAAAUAAAUAAACCCCA